AUGCGAACUCUCCAACUUUACGAUCAUGUCUGCCUCAAGAAUGAUCCCAGCCUAUAUGGCUCUGUGCAGCGCACGAAUAGUGACGCCUUCGACCCUCUCGAGGAUGAGCUGAUAAUUGCUCAUACCGAAGUCCCCCAGAAGGAAAUCAACGAGUUUCUUUUGACGGGCGUCCCUCCCGUGGGCUAUGUCUAUGUUCAAUUUUCUGAUGAGGCUGCUGGGUGCGCAGUAGUGAGCGAAGACGACCUCACUCUACUAAGCCGUUCCUUUCAGAUAGGUGACAAUGUCAAACAAGACGCAAACCCCAUGACAGGCGAAGUUAUCGACGUAUCGGAGUCUUACAUCCUCGAACCGAUUAGCCUCAAACGAGAAAUCGCCCACUUAUCUUCUACCAACGCUCCAACAUUUCCCCCGUGCUCAUCAGAAUGUUCUCCGUCUCUUCCUCCUCAUUUUUCUCAUCCAAAUCCACAUGCCCUCAUCUACAACGUUCCUUCUCGCGAGGUCAAAAGAGCGCAGGAUGUGCUGAAGGAUGACUACAUCAUUUACAGGGAUUGGGUUGGCUUAGUUGAUGAUGUGGAAUACGAUGUCGUCAUUGCCCUGGAGAACAAGUCGGUCGUGGUGGUCACGAACACCAAUGGCUUGUAUAUUCCUCUUCCAGAUUACCGGGAACGAAUUGUUUGGCUACCGGAGUCCGACGGUUUCAAGCGACCCGACCGAGUAGGAGCUCUUCAAGGAUGGCCGAACACCACCUCUGUCCAGGAGCCACGUCCUGGCGACUUUGUCAUCGUGGAACGCAAUCGUCUGCGAAACGGACGGUGGCUCCGUGGCUCUCACGAUCCUAAUUCCCCCGCACAAGGUGUCGUGGUAGACGUUCGAGCUCGGGAGGUGUCGGUGGAUUGGGUGUCAAGCAGUCUAACGGGAGAGGGACAGCCAGCCUCACCGUUAUUACCCUCAUACGACCUUCCCAUUUAUGAGAACAUCAGAGAUUUUCGGGACCCAGCAAGCCUGCGCCGGAACAAAGACGUGAUUGUGUAUGAUUUAGGAAAGAUGCCCAUCAAGAAUUCGGCGCUGGACCGAGACGGUGCCGGGAACGGACGGCGCGCUUACAAGGAGGCGGACAAUACCCAGGAUAUUUGCCCGGGACAAGACCUAUCAAUCGGAAUGCAUGUCAAAUUUCGAGACCCAACGGCCGCCGCCGUGAAAUAUCAAGGGAGUGAGGAAACCUCGCAUGGCCAAUUUGUGAGAUUGGCCACGGAAGAUUUUGGUGGCUGGGACUUGAAUGAAUUCAAAAUCGUUUUCAUUGAACAAGAGGCGACAGUCUUGUGGCAAGACGGCACGGUGACCACUACCAAAUCGACCUUAUUAAAAGGCUACGCUCUUUUCGAGGCGGAACUCGCGCCAGCGGAUAUCGUGUUGAAGCGAGAGGGCAUGCGCCAGCGUUCUGCGGGAACGAGGAAAGGCGGCAGUUCUGCCGUGAAAGAUUUUGACGAGAUGGCAUUCUUUGAACGACCCCACGAUCUUCUUCCCCAAAAUGUGGGUGUGGUACAGACCGUCGAUCCGAAGGAGAGAGUAGCUCGUGUGCGCUGGUACAAAGAACCAAAGGUCGAGAUCCGUGCAGUGGGUCAAAUCCUCAACCCAGAGUCGCGCUUUGGCCCGAUUGGAGACGUCGUCGAGGAGGUGUCCUUGUACGAGAUCAUGUCUUUUCCCUCCCUCAUGCGUCGAAGAAGAGAUAUGUGCAUUGUCGCCCCUCCUGGAGAAUUUCCGAAGCCUUUGAAUGCUCCGAAGACACAGAACCAUUCCCACUCUACUCGAUCGACCGACUCCACCCCGACUAGGGGUGGUGGUCUUAGUAUGAGUAUACCUCCCCGUGUGGCACUGGCUCGGGGUUCUCGAUUGUAUUCCGAAAGAUCUGCGGAUCAAGGCGCAAGGUCAGAAAGACAGAUGGACUGGAUCGGAGAGAUUGUAGCUAUGGGACUCGAUGGCUCAGUUACCGUACGCUUGGGUGGAUCCCAACCCUGUCGGGAUAUAUGCAUCGACUCGGAUUCUAUUCUUGCUAUUAUCGAUGAUCGCGAAUUGGCAGAUAUCGGCGACGAUAUGAUGGAUGUGGAUUCAUGGAGCGAUGAAGAGACCAAUUGGUCCGAUGAUGAUGGUCCUGAACCCGUUUUUGAGAGCGUCGAGUACGAAGGAGGACAGCGCCUGGAUGAUGAUAGCGGAGACGAGAAUUGGGUUUCCGACGAAGAUCAGGAAUUCGCAGACGCUGAAGAAGAGUGGGGCCAAGACGAUGAAGAUGAUCAAGACGAUAACAAUGAUGCUCCGAUGGCGGGUGUUGCUAUACAGGAGAACCAAAUAUCGACAGCCGCCCAACCGCAGCGCUCUCUGGUCCAGCUACGAACGAUGCUAGGAUCCGAAGAACCACCCCAAUUCCUCGUGCUCGACCGCGAACCCCCAGCGGAUCAAUUUGGAUUGCACUCAACUUCGACGCCCAGCGCAUCUCUCAAACGCAUCUCUCGCGAGCACCGCAUAUUAGCGACAGCCCUGCCAGAGGGGGAAAUUUACGUCCGGACAUACGAAAGUCGACUCGACUUGUUACGGUGCCUUAUCAUCGGACCCAAAGAUACGCCCUAUGAGAAUGCUCCGUUUUUAGUCGAUCUCUCCUUACCAGAGGGAUUUCCGGACGAACCUCCCACGGCACAUUUUCACAGUUGGACAAGCGGAUUAGGCCGAAUCAACCCGAAUCUUUACGAGGAUGGCAAAAUCUGUCUGAGCUUGCUAGGGACAUGGACUGGCAAGAAGGAAACCGAGAGAUGGAGUGAAAAGGCGACAAUUCUACAAGUCCUGGUGUCGUUGCAAGGGCUAGUGUUUGUAAAGAGACCAUUCUACAACGAGGCCGGAUUCGAAGGAUAUGAACAAGAUCAGGCAUUCAUGCAGGAGUCAGAACAAUACAGUGAGAAGGCGUUUGUCAUGGCCCGAGGAUUUGUGAAGUAUGCUCUCCUUCGUCCACCCGGAGGAUUGGAAGACGUUCUUGCUUGGCUGUAUCUGCCACAUGAUGCGUCGGAUCCGAUGAACAGCUUACUAGGAAGGGUCAUCCAACGAGGAAGACAGUUGAUCCAGAAAUCAGAGGAGGCAAGGCUGAGCCAAGACGAAUCACUUUUGGAUUCGACAGGUGGGAAGGACAACGACACUCAAGUGUUCCUCAAGCCUUUGAGUCGAGGGGCCAGUAUCAUGUUGAACCGAAUGAUUGGCGAAUUGCAGACACAAUUAGAUCGGGUGUCGCCAAGGUGUGGGAAUGGUUAG